AUGCCAAGAUCCCCCUCGCCACCAUUCACAAAGAGAUACUCUAGUAGACAGCGCGAGAGAGAUUACAGAGAUUUGGAUAAUCCCCGGUCAAGAUCUCGGUCUCCUGGCUCGUCAAGAAGAAGACGUAGAGAAGAUAGCUAUGAUAGAUAUGAAAGUCGUGGACGACGCAGAGACGAUAGCCGUGAUCGCUAUAGACGCUCUAGAUCCAGUCGCUCCCCACCAUCCAGAAGAGAUAGAAGAAGCCCUGAUAGAAGAGGUAAGUUGAGUGCCUGA